AUGAAGGGCAUCACCGUGGUAGCACUGGUCGGCCUGGCGGCCCUGGCCGCAGGAUACGUGGUCGUGCCGGAGGAAAAGGUAACCAAAGCGGACAAGGACUUCCUGGGGAAGCAGAAGCAGCUGCUGGAGGUGUUCCAGUACGUGCACCAGCACGAGGUGCACAGCGAGCUGUGGGAAGUGUCGAAGAAGUACGACAUCGAGAAGAACUACGAUCACUACAGCAACGUCGAGGCGGUGAAGGAGUUCGUCGCGCUGUACAAGCACGGCCUGCUGCCGUUCGAUGAGAUCUUCAGCGUGCUGAACGAGCACCAUCGCGAGCAGGCGGUCGCCCUGUUCCACGUGUUCUACUACGCCAAGGACUGGGAUACGUUCUACAAGUCGAUGGUUUGGGCGCGCUUCCACGUGAACGAGGGUAUGUUCGUGUACGCUGUCACCGUGGCCGUGCUGCACCGCAAGGACAUGGCCGGGCUGGAGCUGCCGCCACCGUACGAGAUCUAUCCGUACUACUUCUUCAACACGGAGGUGAUCCAGAAGGCGGCCCAGUACAAGAUGCAGGGCUUCGCCGGGGUGGAGAAGAUCAACGACUGGUACACCGUCGUCAUCCCGACCAACUACACCGGCUGGUAUGUGCACACGAACGUCGACCAGAAGGUUUCCUACUUCACCGAGGACAUCGGGCUGAACACGUACUACUACUACUUCCACGCCGACUACCCGUUCUGGAUGGGCGGCAAGGAGUACGGGCUGUAUAAGGAUCGUCGCGGUGAGCUUUACCUGUACAAGCACCAGCAGCUGCUGGCCCGCUACUACCUCGAGCGCCUGUCGAACGAUCUCGGCACGAUCCCGGAGUUCUCGUUGUACAAACCGAUCGCCACCGGGUACUACCCGAACAUGCACUACUACAACGGCGUUAGCUUCCCGUCGCGCGACAACUACUACGAGGUGUACACGCCGGAGCACUACCACGAGAUCGAGGAGGUGAUCGAGUACGAGCAUCGCAUCCGCGAGGCGAUCGAUCUGGGCUACAUCGUGCUGCCCGACGGGCGCCACGUCGACCUGACCAAGCCGGAGUCGGUGGAGUACCUGGGCAACCUGAUCCAGGCCAACCCGGACAGCGUGAACACCCGGUUCUACAAGUACGUCGGUUAUUUCGCGCGCAUCCUGCUCGGCGGCUCGGUGGAGCACUUCGAAAACGCCAAGGUCCUGCCGGGAGUGCUCGAGCACUACGAGACGUCGCUGCGCGACCCGAUGUUCUACCAGCUGUACAAGCGCCUCAUCCAGUGGUACUAUGAGUUCAAGGACCACCUGCCGUCGUACACCAAGGAGGAGCUGGCCUUCGACGGGGUGAAGGUGGACGAGAUUCAGGUCGACAAGCUGGUGACCUUCUUCGACCACUUCGACGCCGACAUUACCAACGUCGUCGACAUCGAGGUGUUCGACGAGACGACCAUGAAGGGCUCGAAGCUGCAGAAGUCCGGCAAGCUCGCCCACCACAACGGCACGGACUUCGUCAUCCAGGCGCGCCAGUGGCGCCUGAACCACAUGCCGUUCAGCGUCAAGUACUUCGUGCACGCCGACAAGCCCGUCAAGGGUGUGGUGCGCAUGUACCUCGGGCCCAAGUACGACCAGUACGGGCACGUGUACGGUGUGGGCGAGAACCGCGAGAACUUCGUCCUGCUCGACACCUUCGAGCACGAGUUCACCGAGGGCAACAACGCGUUCACGCGCGAAUCCACCCAGUUCCCGAUGUACGUCCAGGACCGUACGUCCUACUUCGAGCUGUACCAGUGGGUCAUGGAUGCGUACAACGGUGAGCGUGAGUUCCCGCUCGACAUGACCGAGGCGCACUGCGGCUUCCCGGCCCGCCUGAUGCUGCCGAAGGGCAAGAAGGGUGGCAUGCCGUUCCAGCUGUACUUCAUCGUCUCGCCGUACCACGCCCCGGCCGUGCCGCACCAUCAGGGCUACGACUACACGCUGAACUGCGGCGUUGGUUCCGGUGCGCGCUAUCUCGAUUCCCUGCCAUUCGGCUAUCCGUUCGAUCGCCCGAUCGACGAGAAGGUGUGGUUCACGCCCAACAUGUACUAUCUCGACACGAUGAUCUACCACAAGAAGGAGGCCGAAAUCAACGCUGUUAACUGA